CACCUAUGGAUACCUUUCAAGAAAAAAUAAGAAAGUGUCCGCCUACGGAUAGAAUCAGUAAGCUUCCAAGGAAUUUAAUAGAAACUAUAUUAAUGUUGUUGCCAUUGCGAGAUGCUGUGAGGACAAGUAUUUUGUCAAAGAAAUGGAGGUAUAAUUGGGCCAAAAUCACACAACUUGUCUUUGAUAAGACAUUGAUCAUCCAAGAUCCAAAGGAAAACCUACAGUCCCUCCAACGCAAACUUCUCACGGCUAUAAAUCAAGUUCUACUGCUUCAUGAUGGACCAAUACUGAAGUUCACCCUCUCUUUUUCUCAAUUAAAAAGCUCUUCUGAGAUCGACCAGUUCAUACUUUUACUGUCAAGGAAUGGCAUUGAGGAAUGUACUUUUUAUAUUUCUAAGAACCCGCCUUAUACAUUGCCUUCAUCAUUCUUUUCAUGCUCACAGCUGAAACAUUUGAAUCUCAGUAAUUGUGAAUUUGUUACUACUCUUACGUUUAGUGGAUUUAGUAGGCUCGUAAGUCUAGAAUUGAACCAAGUAAACAUUGGUGAGUCUAUUGGAAGUUUGGUUUCUAGUUGCCCACUACUUGAACGACUGACACUGAUAGGCACUACUCAUUUUGAGUACAUUGAAAUUGAUUCUCCUAACCUUAAGUUCUUAAAAACAAAUGUCACUUUCGGAUAUGUUCAUUUCAAAAAUACCCCUCUUCUUGCUGUAGUUUCAAUUAAUUCAUAUGCUUCUGACAAUUUUGAACAUCUUAAUGAAAAAGAGGCAACUGAAAUGAUCAAGGUUUUUGGUUGUCUACCUGUAAUUGAGACUUUGGAAUUUGGCCGUCGUUUUGUGAAGUUCUUGACUGUGGCCAAUGUACCUGAAAGGCUUCCGUUUACCUUAGACCACCUCAAAAUUCUUGAACUAAAUACCUUAUGUUUGGGAGAGAUCGCUGAUGUCUCCUUUGCUCUAUGCUUGAUUAAAAGCUCCCCCAACUUGAAAAAUUUUGCAAUGGAGGUGUUUCCCAGCGACGAUGCUACAAGACCUACUGAUUUAGAAUUUUUGGAAAUGCAAGAUUACUCAAAUGUCUCUUUGAAUUAACUUGGGGAAGUGGAGAUAAGUAACAUCUCUGGCACAAGGCCUGAAUUGGAAUUUAUUAAGUUUAUAUUAGCAAAAUCCCCAUUGCUAGAGACGAUGCUCGUUUGGCCCAACCCAGAGAAGGUUACUGACAAUGGAGUGGGAUUACUGAGAGAGUUGACACAAUUUCGACGUGUCUCGCCUAAUGCAGAAAUUUACUACGAAGGGUCAGAUUAAAAAAAUGUUUAGCAUGUGGGUUUGUAUCCAUUGAUCAUUUUAUGGCUUUGAGAGGGGUGGCAUUCAGUUACUAAAAAUCUAGGAUGCUUUUGCUUUCCGUUUUUUUUUUUUUUUUUUUUUU